AUGAAAAGAUUGGUCUUAUUGAGGCUGACAGGUGAAAGGAAUACAUCAAAUGGGGCAGCAGAUGAGCAGCAUGACGACGAUGAGGAUGAGUUGCGGACUUUCAACUUUGAAAUCAUUGCUGCUGCUGCAACUAAUUAUUUCGCAACCGCAAACAAGAUUGGAGAAGGAGGUUUCGCACCUGUUUACAAGGCAAGCAAUGUCUUGCCUGAUGAUGACAUGAACCCAAAGAUAUCAGAUUUCGGGAUGGCUACGAUAUUGGGUCUCAGAAUCAGAAGCAAACACAGGGUUGGCUACAUGUCUCCGGAGUACGCACUGCAUGGUGUUGUCUCUACUAAAACCAAUGUGUUCAGCUUUGGCAUUUUGCUUCUGGAAAUUGUGAGUGGCAAGAAAAACAAUGGUUUCUAUGACCCUGACGAAAAACUGUCCACCCUCGCUGGAUAUACAGGUCUGUUGUGCGUUCAAGAUCAGGCCACAGAUAGACCUGCCAUGUCUGAAGUUGUGGCCUUGCUGUCCAAUGAGACACGGGUACUGGCACACCCAAAGCAACCAUCGUUUUGUGCCGGUGAAGUAGCAGAAGAGCUUGCCAAAGUGGAAAUCGAA